UACUAAAUACAGUUUGCUCGGGGGUUGAUUUAUAUUCUCGGUCGCUCCCGCUCAGCAAGCCGCCCUACACCUCUAUUUGACUUAUCCAAAUCCCUAGAAAGCAAAACUGAAUUGUCAGUCAAAAGAAUCAGGCAGGCUUUCCUGCCUGCAGCACAUCUUCUAUAAUUUUCCUGGAAAAACUCUAUCAUCGAAAAGCCAAUCCUACCGUCCUACGGUCUUCUGGGUGUUCAUCUUCUUCGCUAGUAGUUUUACAAGUCCGGUGUGGAAUAUCAUCCGCGAUUGAGCUUUUCAUAAUUAUAUAUAUUUAUAUAUUAUGGAGAUUUCAAGGGUUAUGGAUGCUGGGGAUGCUGAAAGCUGUGAUGGGCCGGUGCAGCUUGGUGAUAAUUUUCGAGAAAGUGAGAAAUUGGGUGAUGAUCUUCUUGAGGAUUUGGAGUCAUAUUUGCAAGAUAUUAAUGAUCGGUUGACUAUUUCGAGGAUGGUGAGUGACUCUGUCACAAGGGGUAUGGUCACUGCAGUUAAACAAGAAGCGGAUCAGAAAAUUGCUCAGAAGGAAGUGGAGGUGGCUCAAUUAAAGGAUAUACUACGUCUUCACCACAUGUGUGUGAAUGAAGAUGAAUCCUUGGGGUCUCCAUUGACAUGCCAUGAGGUAAAAGACUCGUGUCAUUGCAGGAUGUCUUAUAACUUCAAAGACACUUUUGUAGAGAAUGAGACAAUGAGAGAAUCUUUAGUAAGCCUUAUAAAUGAUGCUAAAGAUCAGUUCAACAUGCUCAAGAAAGAGAUUGAUCGCACAAGAGGAUUUAGUUCUAUUAGGAGGAUUGGUUCAGGUUCUGAACUGCUGGGAUUGAGUGGUAUUCUUCAAGAUAAGGUGUCUGAAAGAUUGACUGAUGUGGAUAUAAUUUUUGAAAGCCUCCAAGCUACAUUAGACAAUGUCUGCAAACAAGCGGAAGGUAUGCUUCAGUUGUCUAACGUAUCACUCUAUGCAUGGAAGCAAGAGCAACAGUUUCAAUCAGAAAUUGAAGAUAUGGUAAUUAAGAGUUGCAUUGAGAGUCUUCAAGUGAAGUUUGAAGAAAGACUUUGGGAUCAAAAUGCUCAACUUUUUGGUAAUGAAAGUUUGAGUUGGCUUGAAAAGUUCCGAGAUAUUUCAAGUUUGCGGCAUGAAUUGGAUGCCAUUUCUAAAUCACUGAAUGUUAAUGAAAUUGGGCUAACUUCUCUUGGGUCCUUAGAGAUUGGUGAGGAAUGGAGUAACGAUAAAAGGUCUGACCAUUUCCACCGCAAGGUUUUAAGCAAUCAUGUUUCAUCAUCAACUUUGAUCUGGGAAGGAAAUAGAAAACAUGAAGAUUCAAAUGCUAAUAUCCCAGAAAAUUCAGAUCCUGCCCAAUUAAAGCAAAUGUCGCAAGUUGAAUUGAUUGCCGAGAUGACCAAUAUGAGGAGAAAUCAUGAGUCUAAAGUUGAAGAGAUGACUGAAGAAAACUUUCGCCUCAAGCGGGAAUUAUUAAGGUUGAGGGAAAGGGGAUCUUCUUUGCCACUGAAGAAAGAUAAGGAGUUUGAUAUGUUGAAGAAGAAAAUUUCCCAUUUCAUUUCAAGAUUAGAUGACAUUCUCAUGGAAAAUGAGACACUAUAUGCAUUCAGUGAAAAUGCUGAAAAUAUUUGCAGUUUGAAGGACAGACUGGAAUCCCUUGUUUUACAAAAUCACCAGCUUAGAGAUUUGCUUUCAGAUAAGAAAAAGGAAGUCAGUUGCCUCUCAUCACAAGUUUCUGAUGCUGAAGAUAAAAUUCCAAAGCAUCAUCUUAUUGAGGCAAAUUUGCUAUGUGCCAUAGAAGAUGCACAUUUUAAAAACUCAGUCAGUGAGGAUGUAUAUAAAUGUGUUCUUAGGGAGUUGAUGUGCCAGGUUAAAUUUAUCACUGAAGAAUCAGAUUUACAGGGUAAUACCUUGCAAGAAAUAUAUAAAAUUAUAUUCAAAGAAGCUAUUCAUGGUGCUAAAAUUACAAGCAAGUAUGAAUUUGCAGAUUUAGAUAUGGAGUGUAUUAUCAUGCUAGAGCUGCGUGGAAUUAUAUUUACAGAAGCCUUGAAGGAUGCUAGAGAGAUUGUCAAUAACUUGAAUGUGAAAUACACUAAUGAACAUAAAACACGAGUUUCUCUUGAGAUGGAGGCACUAGAAAAGGCAAAAGCCCUAGAAUUAGAGAUUAUGGAUAAGAAAAGGUUAAAGUUAGAGAUAAGCUCACUGACAACAGUAGUCGAAGAAAAGGAGAAGUUAGUACAGGAAACAACAGUUGCAGUGGUAAAAGAAAAGGACCGAUUUGAACUAGCUUCACAAGAGCUUGAAAAUUUAAGGGAUCAGGCACAUCGACAGCAGAUCUUGUUUUUGGAGAGAAGUGAAGAGUCAAACGUCAUAAAGGGCAAUCUGGCUGAGGCAUUAAAGCAAAUUGUGCAGUACAAGGCAGAGAUGUGGGAAUUAAAUCUGAACCUUGAACUGGCAACGGUAGACUUGCGGAGAGUUGAUGACGAGAGAAGGAUGCUUCAUGCCAUCACACAAGAGAAGCAGAAGGCUUUAUCAUUGGUCCAAGUUAAAGAGAUGGAGUAUCAAAUGCAAAUGGAAUCAAUAAUUGCUCUUGUUGAAGGAUUGUCAAAAGCAGUUGUUGGUUUUGAAUGUAGAGCAACAGAGAAUAUAUCAAAUAUCAGUCUGAGGCUGGAAAAUUUGAUUUCUGCAUAUCAUUUUCUUAUCCCAAAGGCUGAUAUACUCCAAAGGACAGGGUUACUGUACAAGCAGAGGCUUGAGAGGAAAUGUUCUGAUCUUGAAAAGGCUGAAGCUGAGGUUGAUCUGUUGGGUGAUGAGGUUGAUGCGCUUUUAAGCCUUCUUGAGAAUAUAUACAUUGCACUUGAUCAUUAUUCACCAAUAUUGAAGCAUUAUCCUGGAAUUAUCGAGAUCCUGAAGCUGGUAAAAAGAAAACUUGGUGGGGAAUCCACAAAACCAGUUUGAUUUGUUCUUUCACUUGAUGCAAGGCUGCCACAUUAUUCAUUCCGGUCCCUGCUGCUGCAUCUCUGGAUAUUGCAGCAUUUUGUUGGAGACAUUGGCGGGCAUCCUUUGCCUUAUCAAAACCAAGUGAACAAUACAAGAACAGGCUGCCAUAACUGAGCCUGAAAAGAUGUCAAUUUGAGAUGUCCGGUGGGCUGGAGGAUUUUCUCCUUGAAUUACUUGAUGUACACUUGUAGGAAACUCCUUGCCGAGGGCUUGUGUGCCCUCAGGAUUAGUCGGGACGUUGUUCCUAGACACCCGGUACCAAUUAAAAAAAAAAAAAAGAAAGAUGUCCGAUGGUUCUUAAAGAAGGAUUUCUGUAGAGGGUAACUAAGAUGCCCAGUAGCUUCUUUUUUUUUUUUAAGGUUGGGGGGAGGGUAACUAAGAUGCCACAUUAUGGCAAUAGUAUUUGCAGAGCAUAGCUUGACAAUAUAACUCGUCAAACUAUAUUCUUUUUGUCAAAAUAUUAUUUUGUCUUUGGGGAGCCGUGGGAUGUUUCCUGAUGUCCAGUGAACUAGAGAUACUUAGGUCUCUUUAUUUACAGUUACCCUUCUAAUGUUGCAAUUUGUAACCUCGUUCAUACACUUUCAUAAUCUUUAGUUAUACAUGGAGGAGAAGCCUGGUGGAUACAAAAGUUAUUUCA